CUCUCUCUCGCACCGUACCCUCCAUGCCACCAACGAUUCACGGAUCCGUGGGCGAGGCCCGGCCAAGCGAUCAAGCGAGACCAGCGGCCAGCGGCCCCGCGCGUCAGCAGCAAGUAAUCCAACAUCGCUGCGCAUGCGCGACCCGUGGCAUGUGACUGUGAGCCUCCUUACUAAGAGCUGCCCACGACUGCCGGCGGCCGGGCCGUCCAACCACAACCCCCCUGCUCCCAGCCCUUAUAACCUCAUCGCGCACCGGUUACUCCCCGUUUCCCCAGCUUCCACAUCCUCCCCAUCCCCCACCACAUCGCAAACAUGUCCAAGACCCUCGAGGCUGCCACCUUCAAGCUCGGCAACGGCAAGGAUGUCAAGAUCCCCAUCGGCCAGUUCAUCAACAAUGAGUUCGUCGACUCGGCCUCGGGCAAGCGCAUGGACGUCUACAACCCUGCGACCGGCAAGGUGAUCGGCCAGGUCUCCGAGGCCGACGCUGAGGACGUCGACCGCGCCGUCAAGGCCGCGCGUGCUGCUUACGAGAAGAACAACCGCGCCUGGGGCUUCAUGAUGCACGCCCAGCGCGGUGCCAUGCUCAACAAGCUCGCCGACAUCAUCACCGCCAACCAGGAGGAGCUAGCCGCCAUCGAGGCCACCGACACCGGCAAGCUCUACAAGGACGCUUACUCCAAGGACAUUGCCGGCGUCAUCGCCACCAUCCGCUACUUCGCUGGCUGGGCUGACAAGGUCACCGGAAAGACUUACAACGUCAUCCCCGGCAUCCACGCGUACUCGAAGUACGAGCCUAUCGGCGUGUGCGGCCAGAUCAUCCCCUGGAACUUCCCCGCCGCCAUGUUCUCGUGGAAGAUCGGCCCCGCUCUCGCGACCGGCAACGCUAUCGUCAUCAAGUCGGCCGAGACCACGCCGCUCUCGGCCCUCAAGAUGUGCGAGUACAUCAAGGAGGCCGGCUUCCCUCCUGGUAUUGUCAACCUGAUCACUGGCCGUGGCCCCACUGCUGGCCAGGCCAUCGCCGAGCACAUGGACGUCGACAAGGUUGCGUUCACCGGCUCGGGCCCCGUCGGCCGCAAGAUCAUGGAGACUGCCGCCAAGACCAACCUCAAGCGUGUCACUCUCGAGCUCGGCGGCAAGUCGCCCAACAUCAUCUUUGACGACGCCAAGAGCGCCAAGGAUGCCGCCGAGUGGGCAUUCUUCGGCAUCCAGAUGAACAUGGGCCAGGUGUGCACGGCCGGCUCGCGUAUCCUUGUUCAGGAGGGCAUCGCCGACGAGUUUACCAAGGAGUUUGUCAAGCUCAUGGAGGGCGUCAAGGUCGGCGACCCGUUCGACGACAGCUCCACCCAGGGCCCCCUCAACUCGAGCAUGCACUUCGACCGCGUGCACGGCUGGGUCCAGGCCGGGUGCAAGGAGGGUGCUGAGACCCCCGUCUGCGGCCAGGACCUGCGUGAGAAGCUCGGCGGCGGCUACUACAUCUCGCCCACCGUUUUCACCAACCUCAAGAAGGACUCUCAGAUCCUCGCCAACGAGGUCUUCGGCCCCGUUGUCUCCAUCCAGACCUUCAAGACGGAGGAGGAGGCCAUCGCCGAGGCCAACCGCACCACUUACGGUCUCGCUUCCGCUGUCUUUUCGUCCAACCACGAGCGCCUGCUCCGCAUGAACGAGGCCAUCCGUGCCGGCACCGUCUGGAACAACCUCUACAACUUCUCCCACUUCGGCGUUCCCUUCGGCGGCUUCAAGCAGUCUGGUAUCGGCCGCGAGAACUCGGAGGCGGCCCUCUACAACUACCUCGAGACCAAGUCGGUCAUCUCCAACAUGGGCUACGUUCGUUCGCCCAUGGCCAACCUGUCGUAGGGUGGCGUGAGAUGGGUGAGCGCCGUCAGCUGUCAUCCGGUGGCAGUUAGUCGGUAUCGGUCGUUAGCAGUUAGUAGUGAUUAGUAGCAGUUAGUAGAAGCAGGAUGCCGAGUUGUGCAGUUUC